AUGGUGGAUCCGAAUUGUACUACAACUACAGCUGACUUUGUUUUCUCAGGACUGAAAGCUUCCAAGGAUGUGCAGAUCACCCUGUUUGUGCUAUUCUUAAUGACUUAUCUGGUCACACUGAUAGGGAAUCUUGGGAUGGUAGCUUUGAUCCAUGCUGAUGCCCAGCUCCAAACUCCCAUGUUCUCCUUCUUAAAGAGCUUGUCCAUUGUUGACAGCUGUUAUUCAACAGUUAUCACUCCAAAGAUGUUGGUGGACCUGUUAGUAAGAAAAGGCACCAUUACGUACAUAGGUUGUGUUACUCAAUACUUUGCUUUCAUCUUUUUUGUGACCUCAGAGUGUCUUCUGCUUGCCGUGAUGGCAUAUGACCGUUACGUUGCCAUCUGCUACCCAUUGCUCUAUGUCGUCAUCAUGUCCCCAAAGAGGUGUGUACAGCUAUUGACAGGAACAUACACAUGGGCUUUCUUGACCUCUUUAGUCCACACCAGUGGCUUGCUCAGGUUGUCUUUCUGUGACUCCAAUGUCAUCAACCAUUUCUUCUGUGAUAUCACUCCCCUGCUGGACCUAUCCUCCACAAACACUUACAUCAAUGAACUAUUUAUCUUCACAUUUGGCACCUUAGUUGAACUAACCAGCAUUGUCACGAUCCUUGUCUCUUAUGUUUUCAUUGUGAUUACGGUGUUAAGGAUACAGUCUGCCGAGGGAAGGAGAAAAGCCUUCUCCACUUGCACAUCCCACCUCAUGGCAGUCACAAUCUUUCAUGGCACCAUUCUCUUCAUGUAUUUCCGACCUAGAUCUAGCUAUUCAUUGCAUACAGACAAAGUAGCAUCAGUGUUCUAUACUGUGGUGAUCCCUAUGUUGAAUCCCCUGAUCUACAGCCUGAGAAACAGGGAGGUUAAGGAUGCCAUGAGGAGAGUGGUGCAGAGAAUGUUAUUAUUACAUUGCUGA